AUGCUCAUCAAGGCAGAAAGGGAGGCCAUUCUCAGUGGUAAUAAUUUUCAAGUAAGGCAUUUGAAGGCUGAAAUUGAGGUUUUGCUUGAUAGGAAAGCCAUCAUGUGGCAACAACGGUCCAGAUUGUUAUGGGCAAGGGAGGGGGAUAGAAAUACUAAGUACUUUCACAGUUGUGCGACAAGGAGGCAUCGAAAAAAUUUGAUUGAGAGUAUUAGAGAUGAUGAUGGGGUGUGGAGAGUCCAACAAGAGAAGAUAGGUGCAGUUUUAGUUGAUUAUUAUAAGUCACUCUUUGCAUCCACGGAUCAAAGUGUGACUCCAAGUGUAUUGGAAUGUGUGCCAACAAUGAUUAUGGAUGAGAUGAAUGAAGUAUUGUGCUGCAAGUUUGAAGAGAGUGAAGUGACCAAGGCGUUGAAUCAAAUGGCGCCUCUCAAAGCACCUGGACCAGAUGGAAUGCCUCCCCUUUUUUACCAGCAUUUUUGGGGCACUGUUAGUCAUGAUGUCACCUCUUCCAUUCUGAUGUGGUUGAACUCAGUUUUAGCCAACCGUUUAAAAAAGCUGCUUCCUUCCAUUAUUACAAAACACCAAUCUGCUUUUACUAAAGAUAGAUUAAUUUCUGAUAAUAUUCUUGUGGCCUUUGAGACCUUACACUGCCUUCAAAAAUAUAAUGCUGGUUCCCAUGGGUAUAUGGCAGUUAAAUUAGAUAUGAGUAAAGCUUAUGAUCGGGUUGAUUGGGGUUUUCUUGAAGAGAUUAUGAGGAAGAUGGGUUUUAAUGAAAAAUGGAUAAAUCUUAUGAUGGUGUGUGUGAAAUCAGUUACGUACUCUGUUUUGGUGAAUGGUGAACCGUGUGGUAUGAUCAAGCCCACAAGAGGAAUAAGACAAGGAGACCCCCUUUCUCCUUUCCUAUUCCUGUUGUGUACUGAGGGGUUAAAUGGGAUGAUAAAGCAGGCUGAGAGGAGGGGUGAUAUCCAUGGCUUUUCUCUAUGCAGACGAGGUCCAAAACUAACACAUCUGCUUUUUGCAGAUGAUAGUUUCCUUUUUUGCAGGGCAACUAUGGAGGAGUGUGGAAAGGUUUUGGAAGUGCUGAAUAAAUAUGAGGAAGCUUCAGGUCAAAAAUUGAACAAGAGCAAAACCACAAUCUUUUUUAGUAAAGCAACAAAUGUUGAAGCAAAGAGGGCUAUCAAGGAGGCUUGGGGUGUGUCAGAAAUAACGCAUUAUGAAAGAUACUUGGGUCUCCCAUCUUUUGUGGGUAAAGGAAAAAAGGCUAGUUUCAAUUAUAUUAAAGAAAAGGUGUGGCGGAAACUCCAAGGGUGGGAAGGGAAGUUACUUUCUCAGGCGGGUAGAGAAGUGUUGAUUAAGUCGGUUAUCCAAGCUAUUCCUACCUACACAAUGGGGUGUUUCAAAAUUCCUAUUGGCUUAUGUAAUGAGAUCGAGGGCCUAAUCAAGAAGUUUUGGUGGGGUCAAAGAGGAGACCGAAGGAGGAUUCAUUGGGUUAAAUGGGAAGAUAUGACAAGAUCAAAAACAAUAGGUGGAAUGGGUUUUCGAGAGCUUGCUUUGCACAAUGAUUCUCUCCUUGCAAAGCAAGCAUGGCGUUUAUUGCACAAUACUGAUUCACUAUUUUACAAAGUUUUCAAAGCCCGAUUUUUCCCUAACACUACUAUUAUGGAAGCCACAGAUUCACGGAUGGGCUCCUACGCUUGGAGGAGUAUCCUUCAUGGUAGAGAAGUUUUACAGAGGGGUGCUAGAUGGCGGAUUGGUAAUGGGCAAAAGAUUAAGAUAUGGCAGCACCAUUGGCUGCCAAGGAAGCACCCACCUUAUUUACCGGAGUGUCCAAUUCAAGACUUUGAGGAUUCAACGGUAGAUACACUCAUUGAUCCAUUGAAUAGGCAGUGGGUAGGGGAGCUGGUUGACGGUCUUUUCACAAGGGAGGAUGCCGAGAUGAUUAAAAAAAUUCCUUUAGGCCAAGCUUCAACCGAGGAUACUCUGUUUUGGCCCCAUUCAAGCAAUGGUGUCUACAGCUGUAAAUCCGGCUACAGAUUUCUAAAGGAGGAGGCAGCUACUCUGGGUGAUGUUGCACAAGAUCAUCAAAACAGGGAUAAGCACAUUUGGAAGAGCAUUUGGUCUAUGCAUACACCACAAAAGGUGAAGACCAUGCUGUGGAGGGCCUGCCGUGACGCUCUGCCAACAAAGCAAGCCUUAGUCCGUCGCAAAGUCAUUGACGAUCUAGUUUGUGAGCGUUGCUGCAACUCGACAGAAAAUUCUUUACAUGCUCUGUGGCGGUGUCCUGAGCUGGAUCUGGUGUGUGCCAAUUCGGAGUUAUGGGGUUUCAAAAGUUCAGUGCAAUUCCUGGACUUCAAAGAGCUAUUGUCGUGGUUGAUUCUGCAGAAAAAGGAUGUUGAAUUAUUUGCAGCAACGGUAUGGAUGAUCUGGAACCAGCGGAAUAGAGUAAGACUUAAUAUACCAGCUGAAAGUCUUCACCAACUUGCCCAUACCGCCAGGACGUGGCUACUGGAAUUUCAAAGGAGGAAUGUAGAUCAUGCACCCCAGGUACAACAGGAAACACGACGGACCAGAAGCAGGUGGAAGCCUCCGAGGAGUGAGUUUUUGAAAAUAAAUUACGACAGCGCGAUCUUUCCAAAAGAAAAUAAAUCAGGGAUAGGUGUGGUGAUAAGAGAUGGAGAUGGUGAAGUGAUAGCUUCAUGCUCGAAACUGUUGCAUCAAGCCUAUAGCAGUAGAGAGGUUGAGGCAAUGGCGGCUGUUACAGCCCUUUCUUUGGCAUCAGUCAUAGGAGUUCAACAAGCUAUCUUAGAAGGAGACUCACUGGAAGUUUUUAAGGCUCAAACGGAUGAUUCGGUCCCUUUAGCUCCAUUUGGUUUAUUCAUAGAUGAGAUGCUCAUCUUAGGUGGGUCAGACACUACAUCUAUUAACUUGACUUGGCUCCUGUCUUUAUUAUUAAACAACCGACAUGCUUUAAAGCAUGCCCAAGAAGAGCUCGAUCUCAAAGUAGGAAGAGAAAGAUGGGUGGAAGAGCAUGAUAUAAAUGACCUUGUUUACCUCCAAGCCAUAAUCAAGGAAUCCCUGCGCUUAUACCCACUGGUCCCUCUGUCUGUCCCACAUGAGGCAAUGGAAGAUUGUCAUGUAUGUGACUAUUACAUUACAAAGGGUACUCAUUUGUUUGUAAAUGUGUGGAAGUUGCAUCGAGACCCAAGAGUUUGGGAGAACCCUGAAGAGUUUUUGCCAGAGAGGUUCCUCACAAGCCAUGCAAAUGUAGAUGCUUCAGGUCAACAUUUUGAGUUCAUACCAUUUGGUUCUGGGAGACGAUCUUGCCCUAGUUCAAAAUUUGCCUUUCAAGUGUCACACUUGACACUAGCUCGCUUGCUUCAUGGAUUUGAGUUUCAAACACCAUUGAAUAUGCCAAUGGACAUGACUGAAGGCCUAAGCAUUAACUUGCCCAGAGCAACUCCUCUUGAAGUUCUCCUCACUCCACGCCUUUCCUCCAAACUCUAUCAAAUCUAG